CUCCAUCACGACGCCCCGACCGCCGCCCACCACGGAACGGACGCCCUGUGGUAUGCACGCCAAGGUGGAGGGAGAGGAAUGUGUCUGUGACCUCGGCUGGAUUCGUGACCCCGCUGACCCGAGUUCCCCGUGUGCGUGUCGUGACCUCUGCCACGAUGGGAGCGUAUCUUGCCCUGGACAGACGGAAUGUUAUCACGUGACCUGCAACAUCGCUUCGUGCAGGUGCAAGGACGGUCUGCACUAUGAUCCCAAGAGUAGAACUUGCUUAAAUACCUGCCAGUACUACGGAGAUGCUGUGUGUGGCCUGACCUCGCGAAGGUACUGUAUCGGUUCGGAUGAAAAGGCCACUACUUACUCGUGUCGCUGUAUGGAUGGGUAUGAUAUCGUCAAUGGCGAGUGUCAAGAAUACAUCCAAUUUUAA